GUUUCCAACACCAUCGUGUUGGGUGUGCAGACGGCCUGGAUGGCUGAACACUUUGUCCAUGGGGUGCCCACCGUCUUCACGGUGCUGCAGGUGGCCUAUGCGAUCCUCUUCUUUGUGGAGGUGGUGCUCCGGCUCUGCGCUGAUGGAUUUACCAGCUUUUUUUGCUCGCGGCCGUGGCUUUGGAAUCUGUUGGAUGUCUUCGUAGUGGUGAGCUCGGUGUUCGAGCUCGUCUACUCUGCGAUGGCAGGCUUUCAGACUAAUCCA